AUGUCAGACCCUGAUGUUGAGGUGGUGUUUUACCAUGGGGGUAAGUUUGUGAAUGAUGGGUUAUUUAGAUACCAUGGACGUUCUACCAGUACCUUGAUGGUUGACACAGACAGAUGGAGUUAUUUUGAAAUCUUGUCCAUACUGAAGGAGAUGAGAUAUAGAAAUGUUAAGGAGGUGUGGUAUUCCCUGGGUGGUUCUGUAUUAGAAGCUAGGUUGGAAUUGUUAAGUGAUGACAUAUGUGCAAUGCAUGUGGUCAGCAUUGCGAUAUUGAAUGGUCAAGCUCAUUUAUUUGUGGUUCACACGGUGUCCGAACCAGAUUAUAUAGAAAUGUUGGAACAUCGUCAUGAAGGUGAAGAUCACGAUGAUGAGGUUGGUGAGGUUGGUCAGAAUGGUGGUGAAGAAGGAAUUGAGGGUGAAGAAGAAGUUGGUGAAGAUGGAGGAGGUCAAGUUGGUAAUGUUGGUGAACAUAAAAGUGAUGAGGUUGGUGAGAAUGGUGGUGAAGAAGGAAUUGGUGAGGAUGGUGAACAAGAAGUUGGUGAGGAUGGAGAUAAAGUUGCUGAAGUUGGUGAACAUGAUGAACAUCAGGUCCAUGACGUUGGUGAGGAUGUUGAAGGUAAAUUGACUGAACAUGGUGAACAUAAAGCUGAUGAAGAUGGGAGUGAAGAAGACGUUGGUGAGGAUGGUGAAGAUGAUGAUGAGGGCGAUUUAGGGGAUGUUGUAGAAGAUGGUGAGGAUGAUAUCAUUGGUGGUGGUGUAGAUGGUGGUGUAGGGGAUGCUGAGGAUGAUGUUGGUGGUGGUGUAGGGGAUGGGCAGGAUAAUGCUGGUGGUUGUGUAGGGGAUGUAUAG